AAUUUCUUGCGGCAAGCGGUUGUGUUCGCUUGUUGCUAUUGACUGAGUCGCGCGCGUGUCUAGUUGUUGAAUAAAAAAAACCCAAAUAAUAUGAAGUGCACGCAAUUGUUUUAAUCGCCCACACAAACAAAAUACGUCAAACCGAAACUAGUCGAAAUACACGCAAAAUGGCAACACCAACAGCAGCGGCGGAAGCAACAACAACAACAAUAGCCAAUGGCAACGCUGCGGGCGCUGCAGACUCCGCCAGCGGCGUCUAUGCAGAGCAACUGCAACAGGAGAAGAGGCAGGAGCAGGAACGACAGCUAGAGCAAGCCGGCGAACCGAAUGAGCUGACGGCUGUGCCGCGUUUCGGUUUGAAGCUGAAAUUCGAUCAUGUUUGGCCAGAGAAACGCAAUCAGAAUUUGCGGCCAUCGAUAAAACAAUCGCUGCCCAUGGUGCCGCUCGUAUGCAGAUAUGCCGCCUACUACUGGAAGGUGUCGCGCGAAGGUCGUCGGGUUUACAUGGACUACUACUAUAUGGAGAACGGUAAACAGAUCUAUGGCGUGCCCAUAGGUGGCAUUGGUGGCGGCAGCAUUGGACGCGGCUAUGCCGGUGAAUUCUGUCGCUUUCAAAUGCGCCCCGGCAUCUAUGAGUACAAUGUGGUGCAUGCCAAUCAAUUUAUUGUUACCAUCAAGGAUCACAAGGGUUGCACCAUCUUUCAGAGUUUGCUCUCCAGGUGCAGCACCAAAUCAUUUAAGGCAAAGGCCAACAACAACGAUGCAGAGGCCGAUGAGGCCGAUGCACAAAAAACUAAAUGUCAACUGCCCAAUUGCAGCAGCCGACCCAGGCAGCCACUGAGUGCCUGGCACUCGAACAUCGAGGAUUCCCGCUGCAGUUAUACGGGUCUAUAUCCGCGCGCCUGGACCGAAUACGAUCUGUCGCACUAUGGUGUGCGAUUGAUCUGUCGCCAGAUUUCGCCCGUGAUACCGCACGACUACAAGGAGUCCAGUUUGCCCUGCGCCGUGUUCGUCUGGUCUGCCCAAAAUGUGUGCGAUCAGGAGCGCAAGGUGUCCAUUACGUUUACGUUUAAGAAUGGCACCGGCAACAAGAAACAGGAUGCGGAUGGCAAUGCCGAGUCGCAGCUAAUCAGCGAGGGCAAUGCCAAGGGCGUGGCCAUUAGGCAAAAAAUUGCCGAUAUGCCCUGCAGCUAUAAUCUGGCCUGUCGCGUGCUACCCGAAAUAAGCAUAACACGUUGUCCCCAAUUCGAUCCGGCUGGCAAUGGCGAACAGCUGUGGGCACAGCUCAAGGAGCAUGGCCAGCUCAGCGAGCAGCCCACCGCGGAGACUCUGAGAUCCAAGGACAUAGGUGUAGCUGUCUGCGCACAGCUGGCACUCAAGCCGCAGGCCUACCAUGAGCUGGAGUUUGUGCUGGCCUGGGACAUGCCCAAGAUACAAUUUCCGCGCAAGCUGCAAACGCACACACGCUACUAUACCAAAUACUUUGAUGACAGCGGCGAGUCCGGCCCCAGGAUAUGCGAGUAUGCACUGAAGCAUUAUGCCAGCUGGGAGCGGCUCAUCGAUGCCUGGCAGCGACCCAUACUAAAUGAUGACGGCCUGCCCGAUUGGUAUAAAUGCGCCAUAUUCAAUCAGCUGUAUUUCAUUUCGGAUGGCGGCACAAUCUGGCUGAAAUGCGACUACUCGCUGGGCCAGUCGCUGGCUUUUGAUGAUCCACGCUUGGCAUAUGGUCGCUUUGGUUAUCUGGAGGGUCAUGAGUAUCGCAUGUACAAUACGUACGAUGUACAUUUCUAUGCCUCGCCCGCGUUGGCGCAUCUGUGGCCCAAUUUGCAGGUCAGCUUGCAAUACGAUUUCAAAGAUGCGAUUGCCGCUGAGCUGAAUGAUACACGCAAAAUGCUCUACGAUGGAAAAGUAAUGCCGCGCAAGGUUAAAAAUUGCGUGCCACACGAUCUGGGUGAUCCCGAUGAAGAACCCUUUACAUUGAUCAAUUGCUAUAACAUACACGAUGUGAAUGACUGGAAGGAUCUCAAUACGAAGUUUGUGCUGCAGGUCUACAGAGAUUACUAUGUGCUCAACGAACUGGCCCAAGCGCAAGCGGACAAUGCCAGUAAAUUCAGUUCGAUUGAGUUCAUUGACAAGGAGAGCCUCUAUGAGCUGUACACGCAGGACAACAAGCGCAAGAACUCGGCGGAGGAGAAGCAGCAGAAUCGCAAAUCUGCCUCUAUGUACAUCAAUGAGACCAAUGGCAAGGUCUAUCUCAUGGAUGCCAUGGGCUAUUUGAAGGCCAUGUAUGGCGCCUGUAAGGCCAUUAUGGAGCGCACCAUUGAGUAUGACAAGGAUAAUGAUGGCCUAAUUGAGAACACCAAAAUGCCGGAUCAGACCUAUGACUCGUGGGUCAUGGAUGGACCGAGCGCUUAUUGUGCUGGCCUCUGGCUGGCCGCGCUGCAAACCAUGUCCGUUAUGGCCACACUUUUGGAUCAGCCCAACGACUGUUUGCGGUAUCAAGAUAUCUUGGAGAAGGGCAAGCACUCGCUGGAGGAGAAGCUCUGGAAUGGCAGUUAUUAUCGUUUCGAUUUGUCACACAAUCAUCGCGAUACAAUUAUGGCCGAUCAGCUUUGCGGUCAUUGGUAUUUAAAGUCCUGCGGCUUUGACUAUGAGAUCUACCCCAAGGAAAAUGUGCGCACAGCUCUCAAACGCAUCUACGACAACAAUGUGAUGGGCUUUCAUGAGGGCAACAUUGGCGCCGCCAAUGGCUUCAUAGCGAAUGCCAGUGAGCCCUCAAAGCCAGGCCAUGUGGACAACAGUAACAUACAGGCCGAGGAGGUCUGGCCGGGCGUGGUAUAUGCUCUAGCGGCCACCAUGAUACAGGAGGGCAUGUUCGAGGAGGCCUUCCAAACCGCUGGCGGCAUGUACAAGACCAUAUCGCAGCGCAUUGGCAUGAACUAUGAGACGCCAGAAGCAUUAUAUGGCGAGAAACGUUAUCGCUCGAUUGGGUAUAUGCGACCCCUGAGCAUUUGGUCGAUGCAAGUGGCCUGGGAGCGACGCCGGGCGUUGCGCGACUAAUUCCAAAGUACAAUCUUUAUAACUAGUUGAUUUACACCUAUAUACAAUUACAAAUGCGCUACCAACCAAAGAUAUUUCUAAGCUAUCACACAAAGGUUCUUAGCUUUUAGUUUUUAACGAGCUUAUUUGGCGGUUCUAAAAGCGCCCCAAUAUUUGAAAGAAAAAGGUAUUCACAAAUGUUUUAACAAAAGCUUUAUAUUUAACUAUAUAUUUAAACUAAGUUCAGCCGGUUGCUUGUUCUCAAUGUCUUCUCUAGCUACUAAGUCUGUUCGAAACACAAAUCAAUCGAUGGGCACUUGCUAAAUCGCUGUUCUGUUCCAAGUACAAUUAUUGAAUGGUAUUCACAAAGAGCACAAAACAUAUUUAAAUGUUAGCUAAGCAUGCUGUUCAAAUUUAAAACACGCAUUAUACUGUUUCAUUAAUUAUAUAUAAAUGUAUUUAUGUCUAUUACAUAAGCAAAUUAUUCAAAUAUUUAAAUUGUUGCUGUCGAAAAUAAAUGCGUCAACAGAAAUGUGGAAAUUAUAACAAUUAUUUAGUGUCCUUUCCGACAUAAAGCAUGUGCACGAUCUAUGCCUCUAUACACUGAAUGGUGUUUGAACACAAAAACUGUCUCUAGAGAUUUAUAAUAUAGUGGUCGGAUGUUGAGUUGAGUGGACACUUCUAAUGGUAUCUACAUGACAGACUAAACUUUCUGAUUUAUUGUUAAACGUUGAUUAAAUAUGAUAAUAAAAAAGACCCCGGGAACCGGCAGCAAUUUUGGGACCCAGAAACAAUAACUGGAUCCCCCGAUAUUUUAUGAUGAUACAAUAAUGUUAACUUCCUUAACUUCAAUUUCUAGUUUCGACUGCUCUCUGUUUAGUAUUAUAUAUACGGAUUUAAGACAGAAAGUAGUGCGCAUUAAAAAUAGGUUGAGCAGACGGACUCAUCGACUUAUCUACUGAAACUGAUUGAAAAUAUGAUAAAUUGAACAUGAAUAU